CAACCAAUGGCUAAGUACUAACAUUUUACACGCAGAAACUCUUACAUCUACUAAACUGCUACCACGGGCCACAUUUCCUUCACAUCCUACACUUUAAAGCGCAUGUUUAGGCUGGCCAACGCUUCACAAACCCGUUUUGGCUCUUCCCAUUCGUGCGUGGAAGGCAAAGUUUGUUUACUAAGCUAGUAUUAACUUUAUCUCCUGGGAAUGUAAAGAUCUUGUUAGAUUUAUCUUCGAUUUUUACAACGGUUAUUCUAAAACUAUAUAAGUAAAACCAAAAAGGGAAAAAAAUAUUUAUAAGUAUGAACACAGAAAUUUUUUUUUUUUUUUUUGAAACACCCAAGGAUUGGUUUAGGUAAGUUUUCCUAUAAAAAAAGAACACAGAAUCAUAUCAGGUUAUGCUUCAUUGAGUAAGUUUUCCUACAAAGAGAAGAAACAACCAAGGAUUGGUUUAGGUAUAUGGGCCUCCUAAUGCAAACAAGGCCUAUCUAAAGGAGAUUUUGCGUCAAAUAUCAAGAGUAUAUUUAGUUGACUUGAUGAGAAGGUCCUGCCGAACCACAGCCGACCAAAGUUGACUUGGCUUGUUCUUGUCUCUCUCUAUUUCUUGCGUCUCCAUUCCUUAGCAAGACCAUCUUCUACCUCAUAUUCUGUGUUUAGAGUUAGAGAUGUUGUGUUUGUUUAAGAGGAAGAAGAAAAAUAAAGAAGAGAAGAUUCAUUUCCAAAAGAAUGGGGGCUUGUUGUUGGAGGAACUCAUUGCAUCUUCGGGAGGUAUAUACAAUCCCAUCCGUACAUUUUCUUCCCACCAAAUCCUUCAAGCCACAAACAACUUCGACUGGAACUCUAUAAUCUCCGAAGACAGGUUCGUAUGGUACAGAGGCACGAUCCGAAACAGACCCGUGCUGAUCAAGAAAUACCAAGACUGUUCCCUUUUCGACGCUGACAACUUCUACCGUGACAUCACUGUCUCAUCUUUGAUGAGUAGCCAUAAGAACGUUCUCAAGAUACUGGGAUGCUGUCUAGAGUUUCAACAUCCCGUUCUCGUGUGUGAAUACCCGGAGAACGGAGCUUUAAACUGCAUAAAACGUGCAAGGGAUGGAGCCACAAGACCGUUUCCUUGGAACGCAAGGUUGAGGAUCGCUAAGGAGAUUGCAGAAGCUGUGACCUAUCUUCAUACCGAGUUCCCAAGAACUAUAAUACAUAGAGAUUUAAAGCUUGCAAAUAUCUUCUUGGAUGAGAAUUUGACUGCUAAGCUCUCUUCUUUCAGUCUCAGUGUACUGAUUCCAGAAGGGGAAUCAAGCGUAAAGGACACGGUUUGCAGGACAUCAAGCUAUAUCGAGCCGAAGUAUCUCAAUACAGGUUUGGUUACAGAGAAUGUAGAUAUCUAUAGCCUUGGGAUCAUUAUGCUAAUCCUUUUGACAGGGAAGUCUGAAUAUACUUCGGAAGUUGCUGUGUAUCUUCCUGUAUUGCCUGUCUAUGUUGCCAAGUUGCUGGAUAAAGGUCUGUUGACUGAACUGAUAGACCCUUCGCUGUUGGAAAGCGGCGAGAUCUCUGAGGAUGUAAGAAUGCAAAUGGAAGCUUUUAUUGAGCUUGCUUUUAGAUGUGUAAGAUUUAGACCAGGAAAAAACGAGCUUCACAUGAUAGACGUUGCAAAAGAACUCAAGAAGAUAGAGAAGCAUACUUGACAUCCUUUAGAUGCACAUAUGAUUGUUUUUAAAGAUCCUCUGUUUUCUUUUUUCUUUGGUUGUGUGCAUACAUGCUCGCACUACAAUACUUAAGAGAUAUCUUCUGUUAAUGGUGUCACAACUAGUUUUGGAUUCUUAAACGCAUUUUCCUGUUAAAUGAAAGUGGUACUUUUGUU